CGCAAAGCUUUGCGCCUGCGCACUGCUGGGUCAGAGCGGGGUCGGGGUAGCUGGUCGCCAAGCGUGCGGGGAUCGUCGCCAGCAUGAGCGGCACAUUGGCCAAGAUCGCGGAGAUAGAGGCUGAGAUGGCCCGGACGCAGAAGAACAAGGCAACGGCGCACCACUUGGGGCUGCUGAAGGCUCGCCUGGCCAAGCUGCGGCGGGAGCUGAUCACCCCGAAAGGAGGCGGCGGCGGCGGCCCUGGGGAAGGUUUUGAUGUUGCAAAGACUGGUGAUGCCCGAAUUGGGUUUGUGGGUUUCCCCUCAGUGGGGAAAUCUACUCUGCUGAGUAACCUUGCUGGUGUGUAUUCUGAAGUGGCAGCAUAUGAGUUCACCACACUGACUACUGUGCCUGGAGUCAUUAGAUACAAAGGAGCAAAGAUACAGCUUCUUGAUCUCCCAGGAAUUAUUGAGGGAGCUAAAGAUGGGAAAGGCAGAGGCCGGCAGGUCAUUGCAGUUGCUCGAACAUGUAACCUAAUUCUGAUUGUUCUGGAUGUACUGAAACCACUGGGACACAAAAAGAUAAUUGAGAAUGAACUGGAGGGCUUUGGAAUACGGCUGAACAGUAAGCCCCCCAACAUUGGUUAUAAGAAGAAAGAUAAAGGUGGCAUCAAUCUCACAGCUACUUGUCCCCAGAGUGAGCUAGAUGCUGAGACAGUGAAGAGCAUCUUAGCAGAGUAUAAAAUUCACAAUGCUGAUGUCACACUGCGCAGUGAUGCCACUGCUGAUGACCUAAUCGACGUUGUUGAAGGAAACAGAGUUUAUAUCCCAUGUAUUUAUGUACUGAAUAAAAUUGACCAGAUAUCCAUUGAAGAACUGGAUAUCAUUUACAAGGUGCCACACUGCGUACCAAUCUCUGCUCACCACCGCUGGAAUUUUGAUGAUCUGUUGGAGAGAAUCUGGGACUACCUGAGGCUGGUGCGAAUCUACACCAAACCUAAAGGACAGUUACCAGACUACACUUCUCCUGUGGUGCUUCCUGACUCCAGGACCACAGUGGAGGAUUUUUGUAUGAAGAUUCACAAAAAUCUCAUUAAAGAAUUUAAGUAUGCACUGGUCUGGGGUUCAUCUGUUAAACACAAUCCGCAGAAAGUUGGCAAAGAUCACACACUUGAGGAUGAAGAUGUCAUUCAGAUUGUGAAGAAAUAAAAUUGUUCCUGCUAA